AAACGGAUGAGGAAUUCCUACUAUGCGCGGAUGACAGCGUUGUAGUAAGACCGAUGAAGACCAUCCCAUAGCAAUACAGAUCUGUUGCCAGGCGACGAGCGGCGACACCUCAAGACAGCUAACCAGCUGUGAACAGCUCGUCAGCUCACACAGCUGUCGUGGGCCAGACUUCACAGCCAGUGGAAGAAGUCAAGUGUUUGCCCUGAUGCUCAGAGUUGGACCAGAGCCUUUUGUCCACUUGACGCACUCGCUGGAAUGAACUAGAACAUUUACCUUUGCUGAAUUUCCCAGAAGCAACAUGAUGGAUCUGUUCGAGUUGCUGUAUUUGGACGAACUGUCCCAUGGACUAGCAAACUUGUCCAUGUUUCCUUACUUUGACAUGGCGCACUACAUCGUGUCAGUGAUGGCUCUGAGAGAGCAGCCAGGAGCUCUGGAGGUAUCCCGAGUCAGCCCUUUGGCCUGCUGGUUCAGCUCCAUGCUCUACUGUUUUGGAGGAGCUGUGCUGUCCGGGAUCAUGCUAGCAGAGCCACCAGUAGCACCUUUAUCCAAUGGCACCAGUGUUCUGCUUGCUUCAAUCAUCUGGUACCUCGUCUUUUACUGCCCCAUGGAUGUGGUGUACUGUUGUGCAUCUCUGCUACCCCUCAGGCUGGUGCUGUCAGGAAUGAAGGAGACAACCAGGACAUGGAAGGUUCUUGGAGGGGUUACUCAGGCACACACAAAAUACAAAGACAGCCUGCUUGUUAUGAUUGCCAUCGGGUGGGCGAGAGGUGCUGGAGGAGGUCUCAUAAGUAAUUUUGAGCAACUUGUUCGAGGCGUGUGGAAGCCAGAAACCAAUGAGCUCCUCAAAAUGUCUUACCCAACAAAGAUCACCCUGAUUGGGGCAGUGCUGUUUGCUCUACAGCACACACACUACCUGCCGCUCCAGAAGCACCACCUGAUGCUCCUCUACACCAUCUUUAUUGUUGUCAAUAAGUCACGGAUGAUGCUGACGGGCUCCUCUUCAUCGCCUUUUGCCACCAUUGAGUCAGCCGUCUACAAGACCCUCUUUACGGGACACUUGCCUUACACUGCUCUCACUGAUGAGGUAAAGAAACCUUGCAUUGAUAAUGGCACUGCAAACAGGAACACCGCAUCAUCAGAGCAGAGCAAACCCACUCAUCCUAACGAUGAACGGAGCAGCACACUCAAAGCCAAAGAGGAGUCAGAGGAUGACAACACAACAAAUUCCAAAAAGAUCAACUAGUCGGCCUUUUCCCUGUAGCACCUUUUUACCUCUAAGCAGGGUUAUGGAGUCAUCUGAUUUAGAUUUGUUAUGUAAAGAGAUCAUUCACUCUUCUUACAAUCUGAAGCUGAUUGCUGUAACAGGUGACUCCAUCCAACUUUAUUCUGGGAUAAACAAAUUAUAUUUAUGCUGUUGGAUGUGAAGCUCACAUUCUUUUGCUGAAUGCACUUUUUUGCAAUACAUAGCUUACUUUUUAAAAAAUAUAUAUUUAUUUUGAAAACAAAGGGUUGAUAAAUAUAUUACAGGGUUUUGGGACCAGUGCUGUGCACUUGCUGAAAUAAGAAUGUCAUAUUUUCUUUCUGUCUAUAUUGUGGGUCGUGUUAAGGCUACAUUUAUUACUCUUAUAUGAUCACAUUUUUAAAGAAAAUUUAUAUUGUAUGCAAUUCAGAUGUUUUAUUAUAUGUAUACAGAAUAACUGCGCUGAAUGUGAAAUAUUAAAAAAUGUUCUAUUAAUUGGUGAAUGCCUUAAAUGAGACCUGAGAGCCUGAAAAUAAACAGCUUUAAA